AUGAUAUUUAGUGGAAUGUCACAGACUGACUCUACGACAUGGAAUCUUAUGGUUCGAGUAUAUGCAGAAAAUUAUUGUCUUGAACAAGCUCAUAGAUUGUUCCAUGCGUUACAAGCUCAAGGAAUGAAGCCUGAUACGGUGACUAUCAUGAGCUUCCUUCCAGUAUGCACACAAAUGGCAUCAGUACACUUGCUGAGCCAGUGUCAUGGGUAUAUUAUUCGGUCAUGUUUUAAUGAUCUUCACCUUGAAGUUGCCCUCUUAGAUGCAUAUGCCAAAUGUGGCCUCAUAGGUCAUGCAUAUAUGAUAUUUCAAUCAAGUGCUGAUAAGGAUCUGGUUAUGUUUACUGCCAUGAUCGGUGGGUAUGCUAUGCAUGGCAUGAGUGAAGAAGCACUGCGGAUUUUUUCUCAUAUGCUCAAGUUGGGUAUCCAGCCAGAUCAUAUUAUCUUUACUUCGAUAUUAUCAGCUUGCAGUCAUGCUGGCCGAGUAGAUGAAGGACUGAAGAUAUUUUAUUCAAUAGAGAAACUUCAUGGUAUGAAACCAACCGUGGAACAAUAUGCUUGUGUGGUAGAUCUCCUAGCUCGAGGUGGCCGCAUUAGUGAAGCAUACUCUCUUGUGACCAGUUUGCCAAUUGAAGCUAAUGCUAAUCUUUGGGGGACAUUGCUUGGUGCCUGCAAAACCCACCAUGAAGUAGAAUUGGGGCGUGUCGUAGCAAACCAACUCUUCAAAAUUGAAGCUAGCAAUAUAGGAAACUACAUAGUAUUAUCAAAUUUGUACGCAGCAGAUGCUAGAUGGGAUGGGGUAAUGGAAGUCAGAAGAAUGAUGAGGAACAAAGAUUUGAAAAAGCCAGCUGGAUGCAGCUGGAUCGAAGUAGAGAGAACAAAUAAUGUUUUUGUGGCUGGAGACUGUUCCCACCCUCAAAGAAGCAUUAUUUACAGUAUUGUACAUACAUUGGAUCAACAAGUUAAAGAACCCAAGGAAUUUUUAGAUUAA